AACAUGAAUCGGAGUUGCGUUAUGGUUAUGGGUUGUGAAUAGAACUGUUUAUGUUUUUUUUUUUUUUUAAGUAUAAAUCAAUGAUCGAUGUUGUGAUCGUGUAAUUACACGAUCGCGAAUUGUGUUUUACGGAGUCCCCCUUGGCGAACUAUCUAAAUAAAUGGCUUCAAACGAUGGUAUUCCGCCACCCGCCGCCGUAACAGGAUUUCCACCGGCAACGCCAAAUAUCGCAUCUAGCUAUGUGCCACCAAUUAUGCCCGCGGCACCCUUCAUCCCUCCUCCUAGUUUACCUCCAGGUCCUCCGGGUAUAAUGCCACCUCAGUUUUCCAUACCUCCGCCAGGUUUUACUUUUCCUAUUACCGCGGCACCUCCUCAAGAGGCCGGAGUCAUAGCCGCAUCGCCACGGAUAACUGCGCCUCCUCCAUCACCUAUCGGCAGCGAUGCCACUGCAGCGAUGUCCGUCAACUCGGCAGAGAAGAAGACCGAUUGGAGUGAACACAAGGCACCCGAUGGCAGAACAUAUUACUACAAUAGCGUUACAAAACAAUCAUUAUGGGAAAAACCAGACGAAUUGAAAACACCAAGCGAAUUGCUGUUGUCGCAGUGCCCAUGGAAAGAAUAUAAGUCAGAGAAUGGCAAAGUGUAUUACCAUAAUGUGAGUACAAAGGAGUCCAGGUGGACGAUACCGCCAGAGUUGGAAGAAUUGAAAACACGUAUUAUAGCCGAGGAAGCUGCAGCGGCUGCUGCAGCAGUGGUAGCAAACGCUACAAAUUCCAAUAUUGUUCCCGUAGCUAUGCAACACUUAUCACCAAACGUUGCGACUAUAUCGCAAACUAGUACACCGGAGUCAGGUGGAAAGUCGGCUAUCGAACAGGCGAUGGCUGCAACACUCGCAGCGAUUAAUAUUCCAACACCGCCUACGAAACCGGACGAGGAUAGUAAUUCCGCGAUGGGCUCGACUAAUGACAGCCGCACCAGCACGCCCGAGCCUAAAAUGCAGUUCAAGGAUAAAAAAGAAGCCGUCGAGGCAUUCAAAGAACUAUUGAGAGAAAGAGACGUGCCAUCGAACGCGACAUGGGAACAGGCUGUCAAAUUGAUUCAGAAUGACCCUAGGUAUCCGCAGAUGAAGAAAUUAAAUGAACGUAAACAAGCCUUCCACUCGUAUAAAACACAGAAGUUGAAGGAGGAACGUGAACAAGAAAGACUCAGAUUGAAAAAGGCCAAAGAGGACUUGGAGCAAUUCUUAUUGGAAAAUGACAGAAUGGUAAGCACGACUAAGUAUUACAAAUGCGAGGAGAUGUUCGGUAAUUUGGAAGUUUGGAGGGCAGUCGGCGAUUCGGAUCGCCGGGAUAUUUACGAGGAUGUUAUCUUCAAUCUGGCGAAACGUGAAAAAGAGGAGGCGAAACAGUUAAAAAAGAGGAAUACCAAGAGAUUGGCACAAGUUUUGGAUACAAUGACUGACGUGACAUACAGGACCACGUGGCAGGAAGCGCAAGCUUUGUUGCUCCAACAUCCUGCAUUCGCCGAAGAUGCAGAUUUGUUGGAGAUGGACAAAGAAGAUGCCCUAAUUGUAUUCGAGAAUCAUAUUCGUCAGUUGGAGAAAGAUGAGGAAGAAGAAAAAGAAUGCGAGAAAAAACGUAGGAAACGGCAGGAGAGAAAAAACAGAGAUGGUUUUAUAUAUCUACUUGAUGAGCUUCAUGAACAAGGUAAGCUCACGUCGAUGUCUCUGUGGGUUGAAUUGUAUCCCAUGCUGUCUGCCGAUCUUCGAUUCUCCGCCAUGCUCGGUCAGUCAGGUUCGACUCCGCUGGAUCUUUUCAAAUUCUAUGUCGAGGACUUGAAGUCUCGAUUCCAUGACGAAAAGAAGAUUAUUCGUGAAAUACUCAAAGACAAGAAUUUCGAGGUCCAAGUCAACACGACUUUCGAGGAAUUCGCUACGGUCGUAUGUGAGGAUCGAAAGUCAGCAACUCUGGAUGCGGGUAAUGUUAAAUUGACAUACAAUCUGUUGCUGGAAAAGGCAGAAGCACGUGAGAAGGAGCGCGUCAAAGAAGAGACACGAAAGUUCAAGAAGCUGGAGACUGGUUUCAAAAAUUUGCUGAAGACGUUAAACGUAGAUUAUCAAAUGGCAUGGGAGGACGUAAGGUCUAAAAUCGAAGAGGAGCAAGAUUUCAAGGCAAUCACUUUGGAGAGCGAAAGAAUACGAAUAUUCAAGGAAUAUCAGCACGAGCUUGAAGAAAGCUGUAGUCAUCAUCAUAUUAGAAGUAAGAAGAAAAAGGCGAAGAAAUUGAAGCGCAAGUCGCGAUCGCGAUCGCACAGCGAGUCGGAGGGCAGUGAGAAAGGUUUGAGGAGAAAACGACACAAAUCGCAUUCUCCUAGUAUUCCCAGCAAAUCUGACAGCUCUGAAUCAGAAACGAGGAAAACCAAGAGGAAGAAGAGCAAGAAGAAGAGAGGCCGUAGUCAUUCGCGCUCACACUCCGGGCUUCCAUCCUCGGAAGAGUCUCCGGAAAGGAAACGGAAGGAGGAGAAGCAUAGGAGACCAUCGAUUCACAGCGAAGGUUCUGCUACGGAAAAUAACGAGCACCACGAACUCUCCGAAGACGAGCUGGAAAAGCAAAGGGCACAACUCUUGCGCGAGCUCCAAAUGCAACAGGAAGAGAACUGAAGACUUCACCAAUUAUCAUCUUUCAAGAUUGUCCACUUUAAAUUUAAGACAAUUACGAUUUAUUUUCUCUGAAACUUGAUAACUAUUAUUUCCUAAACUUUCCCGAACAAACGAACUCUACCUACAAACUCUAUCUACUUGAACAUGUUUAUUACAUUAAGAAAUGUAUUGACAGAAACGAAUUUAAUAGACACGACAAAUUUAUGAAGCACA